UGGGAAGUCGCGCGCACAAGCCGUUCUGGGGACAGGCGUUUAACUCUUGCCCAGUCUCUCCGCCGCCGCUGCGGCUUGCGGGCCUUGGGUUUCCCCUGAAGCAUGAGCCUCUUCGUCCGCAGCCAGCGGCGCUUCGCGGGCCGCGGACGGUUUGCGCUGGGCCCCAGGCGCACAGCCUCAGGAUUCUCCCCUGCGCCCGCAGCCCGGGCACCAGAGGAGCUCUGGCCGGGGCUGACGGCAGGAGAACUGUGGGUGACCGCGCCUGCGGGGGAGUUUGCCAUUCGUCGGCCGGGACCUGGGGAGGAACAACCGGCAGUUCUCCAACCCCUCCCCCUCCGCCACCAUUUCGGACUCCCCGUAGGGACUUGUUUUGGGGUUCCCACUGACUUCCAGGAAGGACGCGUGUCCCUUUCUGACCCCAGCUCAGGCGGCCACCUGUCUUUGCCACGGUGACCCUUCCCACAUGACCCUGCGGUGCCUCGAGCCCUCCAGGAAUGGCGCGGAAGGGACGCGGAGCGAGUGGGGGACCGCGGGGUCGGCGGAAGAACCGUCCCCGGAGGCGGCGCGCCUAGCGAAGGCCCUGCGGGAGCUCGGUCAAACAGGAUGGUACUGGGGAAGUAUGACUGUUAAUGAAGCCAAAGAAAAAUUAAAAGAGGCACCAGAAGGAACCUUCUUAAUUAGAGACAGUUCGCAUUCAGACUACCUAUUAACAAUAUCUGUUAAAACAUCGGCUGGACCAACUAAUCUGCGAAUUGAAUACCAAGAUGGGAAAUUCAGAUUGGACUCUAUCAUAUGCGUCAAGUCCAAGCUCAAACAGUUUGACAGCGUGGUUCAUCUGAUAGACUACUAUGUUCAGAUGUGCAAGGAUAAGCGGACUGGCCCGGAAGCCCCCCGGAAUGGCACCGUUCACCUUUAUCUGACCAAACCACUCUACACAGCAGCACCCAGUCUGCAGCAUCUGUGUAGAAUCACACAUUACAAAUGUACCGGUACCAUCUGGGGACUGCCUUUACCCACAAGACUAAAAGAUUACUUAGAAGAAUAUAAAUUCCAGGUAUAAAGUGUUUCUCUUUUUCUAAAAACAUGCCUCCUAUAAGAGGGUCUCCGAAUGCAGCUGUGUGAAAGAGAACAAAACUUGAGUUACUGCCCUGGAUAACUACACGGAAUUCUUUCUAAGAACAGCUGAAGUCAAUCUAAUUUAAGUGUGUGAAGAGGUAGCUAGGUAUUUAAAGUUCCCCCGAAUAUUUUCACCCGAGUAAUGCUUUCCUUCCUAAGCCUGACCGGUUGAUCUGUUUAAAUUAAAAAUAAAAUGUACCAAGAAAAGGCUGUAGGAGCAUUUUAUCAGAAUGCCUUGCCUUUCUGGGUUUCUUUCCAGUAGGUCAAAGGUCCUAGUACGGGUGGUAGAUAAAGAGCUCCUUCCUCCUAAGAGCACCGAAAAAAUGGAAGGAAGUAAGCUGACACCAGCUUAACUUCAAUUUUAUAUACCUGGUUAUCAGACUCUAUUUUAGGACAUGUUAUGUUUUGCAUUCUGAUCUAUCUAGGAGUUUUGUUAAAGAGAUCCUACUUGUGAGUAUUUAUCCCUCAUUUAUGCAAGCAAAUCAACCAAAAAAAAAAAAAAAAUUUACCAUGAAAUCCUGUAUUUGUCUUUUUACUACAUGUAUGAACUCUCUCAUAUGAAUGAGUACUGUAGUAAUCCACUUAAAGGGAGCCUUAUUUCAGAAAUACUUCAAACUGGUGCAAAAGAAAAAGACUUGCUCUUUUCCUCUAAGGCUAAAGACAAGAAUGUCAUGCUAUACAGGUGCAACUCAAUCUCUGUUAAUAAGACCAAUGUAGAUGUAGACAUUUUAUCAUGUCGAAGUAGCUGUUGUCCCAAUCUGUUGCCAUUGAUUUUUUUGGAAAUGGCUUUAGAAAUUUCCAAGUUGUCCUUGAAUUGUCUAAACCAUGGACAUCAGCAGUUGUCUCCCUUCUACCGUGUAGAAUACUUUGACUUAAUUUUCUUCCAGAUAUAGGGGGAUACCUGCCUGUUUUUCAAAGUGUUUAUUUACUGCUGUUACUAUUUGAUUAGAAUGUAUUAAAUAAAAAACCUGACUUUUA